CAGCUCCCAAAGCAAAGUUCGAGACGAGCCAUUGAUUCGAGAUCCUGCGCUGUGAAUUUAGGCCGAGCCCUCGAAAGCCGCCUUUUCCGACCUCCAUCUUGUCGAGGAAUGUCCUUGACUGAAACCCAUCCUCUGGGUUCGGAGAAAGUCCGGCCUGUCUCCAAAGCCAAAUCCGGCUGUCAUGCGGUUUCUCCAGCAUGAAUCAUCGACGAAAACAGGUCUCUGUUUUUGGGGGAUUUUAUUAGGGCUCACUGCACUAACUAGCUCAAUCGCAAUCAAAUAGACGAGGAUUUGAGCAAUGAAUUUCUUUACAACAAUCUAAGCAUCCAAUCUCAUCAUGGGUCAUCCUGGCUACAAGCGUGAUCCCGAAUCGCUUCGUGACAAUGCGUGCGAACAUCCCUCGCGAAGACCCAUCUGGAUAGGCUUCGCUUUCCUGUGUCUCUGUCUGCUCCGAGUAAUGAGAGGCCCUGGCUGCUACAGCAGUUGGCCUUUCAGAUGGGACUUCCUGCCUCGAUUUGGGAAGAAUAGUUCUCUCGCUCCUUUCUAUGCUUAUUCCGAAGGCUCUGGAGAAUUCAGCAAGCCACAGGACUUCGAUAUCGUUGCAUUAGUCCCGUUCCAUCGCCGGGAGCCAACAGAGAUUUUAGAUUGUUACCUGCGAAAAAACCUCGCUUCCAACCAUGGUCUUGUUGACCAAGUAAUAUUCCUGCCUCAAACGGACGACACCUUGAGCUUGGAAUGGCUUGCAUCGAUAGUCAAGCAGAAUCCGUCCUACACAGCCGCGCAAGACUAUACUGGAUUGCAGCCAGGUCACUUGAGAAAAGAUACCAUGUACAUUUGGAUCGAUGGCGAUACAGUGUUUCUGGAGGCUCACACGAUUUCGACAAUUGUGAAGACCAAGCUUGAGCAUCAUAAUAUACCGUUAGUCUCGGCCAACGUCGUCAGUGAAGCAGUCUUGGAAGCCCUUCAUAACCACCCCGGUAUUGCCUUGCCUUAUCUUCCAGAACUAUCACCUGUUCAAUCGUCAUCCGAAACUGACGCGCACGAUUGGCACGCGUCUAAACUUCCAGUAUGGAAGGGGCCUGGUGACUUUGCGGUGACUGCAGACUUCUCUCCACCCUUCACUAACCACCGGUGGCUCCUUUCAGAUGACUACAACUAUAAUCGCACCCCUAUCGGUAUGUCGAUGUACGCUACGAAUGGGCCGAGUAUGCAUCAUUGGACUAUCAGUGCUCAACAACAUUACUCUUUUUUGCACCACUUAGAGCGAAACCAUCUCAACCACUACAAAUUUCCGAUGUGGAGUGUAACAUCGACAAAUAUCAGCUCUAACUUUCUGUGCUUCUGGGGGAACAUUGCAACAGAUCAAUCCUCGAGUCAGUCAGAUGGCAUGACAUUUCUCAAUAUUCUCGAAGCGGACAGCGGACCACAAAAUAGUAUAAUAGACGGGAAAGGCUUGGCUGUGCACUGGUCAAGCACUCAAGCUUUGGAGGGGUUAGAUUCUACUGAUCUACUUGCGAGGUAUAGGUCAUUUGCGGGUGAUACUGUCUGCAAUGGUACAUAA